AUGGGAUCUUACCCUGCAUUUGAACUCUUGAAGGCAGAACAAGACUGGAUAAAGUAUAAACAAGGAUUUGUAUACUGUUUUGAAUUAGAAUGCCUUAAAUGUGGUACCCAAAUUCCUAAGCAAUCGUCUCUUUAUAAGCUAGCCACAUUUUUAGAUGAAAACUAUAUUUUGCGCGUAAGAAGUAGGCUUGAGCAAAGCAGUUUUGCCAUUGAUGAAAUCAAUCCAGUUAUACUACCCACACAGUCGAAAUUCACAAAGUUAUUAAUUUUAAGGGAGCAUAACAAAAUUCACCAUGUUGGAGUAUCUGCGACGCUUGCUAAAAUUAGAAAUAUGUUUUGGAUUCCAAAGGGUAGAAAAGUUGUAAAGAAAGUUUUAAAAAAUUGUCUCAUUUGCAACAGGGAUUCUGUAAAAUCUGCUAAACAGAUAACAACUCAGUUGCCAAAGGAUCGAAUAUUGGAAAAUUCUCCAUUUACUGUAUCUGGAGUUGAUUUUACAGGUUCAGUCUUUCUUCGUUCCAGAAAGGACACUCAACAAAGAUCACACAUAGCCUUCUUCACGUGUGGAGUUACUAGAGCACUUCAUAUCUAA